AUGGAUGAAAAAUCUCAGUUAUUUUGGGAUGCUGCAUAUGAUUUCGCUUCAAUGAAUACAUUAUUGAUCGGUUCUGAAUUCACUACAUAUGUUUAUAAACAAAGAAAUCGAAUUUUGGAAAUAAAAACUUUAGGAUUAAAAGAGGAAUUGCCAGAAAUCCAACAAAAAUACAAAGAAAAGUUAGAUUCCGAAGAAAAUUCGUAUGGUGAUAAAAUGGUUCAAAUCCAAACUUCAACGAAAAAAUCUGUUGAAUCAUAUGAAACAAAAUUAGUGCAAGCUGCUUCAAGACAUAUGGAUGAUGUACAAUCAUAUGAAGAAAAAAUAAAUACAGCACAAACUAUAAUGGAUUCUUAUCGCUCAAGUUUAAUUGAAGAAGGUUUCUCAGAUGAACAAGUUGGAAAUAAAUCUGGCGAAAUUUUGGAAUUUUUAAAGAAACGAAUCAAUUAUUUGAAGGGUGAAAUGUCUUUAAAUUCAUCAGGAAAUUAG